AUGUCCGACAGCAUCAAGGUGGCCGUGAGAUUGAGGAAACCUUCAAAUCUAGAGUCAGAUAGCUUUCUUGUAGCGCAUGUACAAUCAGAUACUUCUAUAGAUAUCCAAUCCAACAAAAAAGACGAACAUAAAAGAUUCGUCUUCGAUCAUUGCGCAACAUAUUCAGAUGAUGUCGAGACAGACCAGGAACAGUUUUAUAGCCUAUUAGCCAGAGAAUAUUUACUACAUGCGUUGGAUGGCUACAACACCUGCAUAUUUGCGUAUGGCCAAACAGGUUCAGGGAAGUCUCAUACAAUGUCAGGGACGACACUGAAUCCGGGAAUAGUGCCCAGAAUGUGCCAGGAGCUGUUUGAGGUUAGAAACCUUUAUGAGUUGUCCGAUGACCAAGUACAUCCCCAAUUUAGCAUCAAAUGCUCUUACUUCGAGAUUUACAACGAAAGUGUGCGCGACCUUCUCGGAGGAUGCAGAUGUAAGGUACGAGAGCGGGCAGAUAAGACCACCUUCGUAGAGGGUCUGAAAGAAUUUGACGUGUUUGAGGUUGAUCAGAUACUCGCGUAUCUCAAUCAGGGAAAUAGUAGAAGGGUAGUGGGGGCGACACAUGUGAACGAACAGUCCAGUCGAAGCCAUGCAAUCUUCACAAUUCAAAUCGAGCAGCGAGAAACUACACCGCUAGGUCACAUUUUAGAGCGGAAAUCAAGCAUUAAACUAAUUGAUCUGGCGGGCAGUGAGCGAGCAAAUGCGUCGAAGACCACUGGCGAGCACCUAAAAGAGGGAUCUAACAUCAAUAGGUCUCUGAGUACCCUUGGAAGAGUGAUAUCAAUGCUGGCAAAGUCCAAAAGACCUAUUCUAAUCCCCUACAGAGACGCAGCUCUUACUUGGGUGUUGAAAGAGAGUUUGGGUGGAAACAGUAAGACCUGCAUGAUUGCAUGCGUCUCGCCCUGUGACUAUGAGGAGACCAUGUCAACAAUCAGAUAUGCAACCCUUGCACGUAGUGUAAGGACUUCUGCAAGAUUGAACUCUCACGAAUUGUCCGACGGAAGGGAGCAGGUUCAGGUGUUGCGCUCACAGCUCGAAGAGUUACAAAAAGCUCUGUCACAGGUAGAAAACCAUCGCGCUAUAGGUGAUAAAAUGGAGAAGAUCAACUUGACCAAUCAGUUUCUCGAGUUGCGCAUUGAGCGCGAACAGAGCUUAGCAGCAAAAUACUACGACCAAUGGAUCGAAGCUGCUGAUUCCCGAGAUAAACUAAUGCAAUUAAUGGGAGGCAUAGUCACAAGCGUGCAGGGCGCGCAAGUAGCUGGUACACGGGAGAAAAUGCAGCUGCUUAAGGGCAGGUUUAUCGAAUUUGGCUCUAAGAUAGAAGCCAAUUGUAGCGACAUACAAUCUACGGUGAAAGUCCUAAAUUCUAAUCAGAGUGCUUUGCUACCGAAAGCGACUGACGAGAGUCACUGA